CAUUGAGUGGGGAAAGGUUGAGGUUCAGGAACAUUGUCACAGGAUGCAUAGUGACUGUAGAGCGUAUCUCCGGUCCCCUCCCGGGUUGGGUGCUGGUGCCACUCUCAUUGGCUGUGUGAACAGGGACAGGAGGCCCCCACACUGCCCUGAGUUUCUUAGUCUAUAAAAUGGGGUGCUAGCAAUGCCAGCAAGCUGUGGGGCUAAUCAGUAAGUGGUGCCUGGCACGUGGUGAGGCUCAGGGAGUCCCUGCAGUUGAUGGCCGGCAGUGUCCUCUUCAAGUCUUGCACCUGGGAAUUCUCUCAGGCAAGAAGAAUGAGGGUCUGGAGCCAGCUGGCCUCAGCCCUCAACUGUGCCUCUGUCGAGCCCCAGCUUCUCCUGCUUUCCCUCUCUGAGGACACGUACGGUCUUUCUUGGUGGUGGAAGGGUUUCAGAGCUGCUGAUUCUGAGGGGCAAGUGGAAGGGGCUUCCUCCUGAUACCUUUUUCUUCUCUCAGAUCUUACCUUCUGGAGACCACAACCAUCCAGGGCGAAGAGCCCAGAAAGAGGACAUGGCUAAUAAGCGGAAGGAAGCAAGGGCUCAGGUGGCAGUGACCUUCGAAGACGUAGCUGUGCUCUUUACUCGGGAGGAGUGGAGGAAGCUGGAUGCUCUGCAGAGAAACUUGUACCGGGACGUGAUGCUAGAGAAUUACAGGAACCUGGCUUCCCUGGGAUUCCCCUUUACCAAACCGAGGGUGAUCUCCCUGUUGCAGCAAGGAGAGGAUCCCUGGAAGGCUGAGAAAGAAAACCCUGGAGGCACCUCUCUCGGAAGGAAGAGCAGUCAUAAACCCACAAAGUCAACUCAAACACAAGGCUCUUCAUUUCAGGGACUGAUAAUGAAAAACCUCAAAAGGAAUGGACCCUUGGACUUGAAAUCAGAAAAACUUUAUAUAUAUGAAGACAAAUUCCAGAAGAAGCCAGAUAAAAAGGAAAGUUUUCAGAUAGUUUCAAUUACCCACAAAAAAUCCUUGAGUAUAGAAAGAAGCCAUAAAAAUACUGAAUCCAGCCAAAACUUCAGCUCACAGUCAGUUUUUCCCAGAGAGAAAACGCCACCAAAAUGUGAAAAGCAAGGAAACAUUUUCAAACAGAAUUCAAAUUUACCUGCUCAACCAAAAAUUACACCAGAGAAGCGCUAUCAAUGUAAUAUGUGUGACAAAACUUUCACUAACACUUCAUCCCUUCGUAAGCAUGAGAAAAACCAUAGUGGAGAGAAAUUAUUUAAAUGUAAGGAAUGUUCAAAAGCCUUUAGCCAAAGUUCAGCCCUUAUUCAACAUCAAAUAAUUCAUACUGGAGAGAAGCCCUACAUAUGUAAAGAAUGUGGGAAAGCCUUCACUCUUAGUACAUCCCUUUAUAAACAUUUAAGAACCCACACUGUAGAGAAAUCCUACAGGUGUAAGGAAUGUGGUAAAGCCUUCAGCCGAAGGUCAGGCCUUUUCAUACAUCAGAAAAUCCAUGCAGGAGAAAACCCAUAUAAAUAUAAUCCAGGUAGGAAGGCAUCCAGUUGUACUACUUCUCUUCCGGGAGGUCAGAGACUUCAUCUCAGAAAGAAGUCCUACUUAUGUAAUGAGUGUGGUAACACCUUUAAGUCCAGCUCAUCCCUUCGUUAUCAUCAGAGAAUUCACACUGGAGAGAAGCCUUUCAAAUGUAGUGAAUGUGGGAGAGCCUUCAGUCAGAGUGCAUCACUCAUUCAACAUGAACGAAUUCACACUGGAGAGAAGCCCUACAGGUGUAAUGAAUGUGGAAAAGGCUUCACUUCCAUCUCACGACUCAAUAGACAUCGAAUAAUUCAUACUGGAGAGAAGUUUUAUAAUUGUAACGAAUGUGGCAAAGCCUUAAGUUCCCAUUCCACUCUUAUUAUUCAUGAGAGAAUUCAUACUGGAGAGAAACCAUGCAAAUGUAAGGUGUGUGGGAAAGCCUUCAGACAAAGUUCAGCUCUCAUUCAACAUCAAAGAAUGCAUACUGGCGAAAGACCCUAUAAAUGUAGUGAGUGUGGGAAAACAUUCAGGUGUAACUCAUCCCUUAGUAAUCAUCAAAGAAUUCAUACUGGAGAGAAACCUUAUCGAUGUGAAGAAUGUGGGAUGUCAUUUGGCCAAAGUUCAGCUCUUAUUCAACACCGAAGGAUCCAUACAGGAGAGAAACCCUUCAAAUGUAAUACAUGUGGGAAAACUUUUAGACAGAGUUCCUCACGUAUUGCUCAUCAGAGAAUUCAUACAGGGGAGAAGCCCUAUGAGUGUAACACAUGUGGGAAACUGUUCAAUCACAGGUCAUCCCUUACUAAUCAUUAUAAAAUUCAUAUGGAAGAGGACCCCUAAAAAGUAGAUUUGCAUGUGUAAAAGUCUAAAACCAAAGCUCGUCAAAUACACACUUGAAGGUCAUAUCUCGUGUCAUGGAUAAGCCAAAAAAAUUUUUUCCUAUAAUCAUUCAGUUCCCAUCAACUGUCAGAUCUCUUGGAUAAAAUCUUAGCUGUGUAUUCGGUAGAAAUUGUUCAUACCUGUAGGACUUUUUUUUUUAAUAAGCUGAGAUGGAUUCAUAACUGAAGACAUUGACUUUGGGCAUUUGUAAAAUAAAAAUGUUUGUUUUUCCUUGUUAGAAUUGUACACUAGAUACAUGGGAUCAUCAAAAACCUGAGUGGAUAGGGAGUUGCACUCUGAAUUUCUCAUUAGAAAAACAGCCGACUACACUGGAAAUAUUUUUAUAAUAUUUUAAUAAUGUAGGAAAGGAUAAAUCACAUAAAUUAUACGUUUUAGAGGAAAAGGGACCAAAAUAAAAUAUAAACAUGAGCUGUAAACUACCUCUCAUUCUCUGUAGCUUAUCCUUUUUCUGAUCUAAUGUCAAAUAUUGUGCAUGGAUUUCAUUAAAA